AUGCCUCGGGUCGCUCAGGUUCCUCGUGCGAGUAACGCCAAACCGCCGGUUGGCUCGUCAGGCUCACCCUUUAAAUCCUCGUCAACAAAGUGCGCCUACCCUCCUGUUGUGCGCCUACAACGCGGGAAGCGCAUGAACUCUAGGAAGGCGCUCCAAGAGAAACAGAUCAACGAGAUCAAGGCGGCGGCUUCAUCGACGCCCCGCAAGAGCAGCGUCAGGCUGGACGACCUCGAGAAUGCGUCCCCAGGGGGUCCGGGGACCCCGCGCGCAUCACGUCUCGCGGGAGAUGAUGGCGAGGAUACAGGCACUGUGGGCACACCCAUGAAGCGCGUGCCCAUCCUCGCCAACUUUGAGGAGUGGAUGAAGAUGGCCACGGACAACAAAAUCAAUGCCACCAACUCAUGGAACUUUGCCCUUAUCGACUACUUCCAUGACAUGUCCCUUCUUAAAGAGGGCGACAGCGUCAACUUCCAAAAGGCUAGCUGCACCCUCGACGGCUGCGUCAAGAUCUACACCAAUCGCAUCGACAGUGUCGCCACCGAGACGGGCAAGCUCCUCAGCGGUCUCGCCGACAGCAACAGCAGCAAAAAGAAGGACCGCGGGGGUGACGAGGAAGGCGAAGACAGCGACGAGGAGCUCGAUGAGGACGGGAAUGUUAAGAAGAAAACCAAGAAGAAGUCUCACCGAUCCGAAGCAACACUAGCGCCAUCCUUCAACUCGUUGCAACUCAAGAAGUUUGAACUCGAAUUCUCGGUCGACCCACUGUUCAAGAAGGCUUCGGCCGACUUUGACGAAGGUGGCGCCAAGGGCCUCCUCCUCAAUCACCUGAUGAUCGACUCCCAGGGUCGAAUCGUGUUCGACAGCAGCGAUGACGCAGCGGACGAGGCUUCCAUGGGAAAGAAGCAAGACAGCGAUGCACAGGAGGAUUUGGACGAGGGUGAAGAAGAUAAGCGGGGCGAGGGCGAGUCGAUGGAUGUGUCCAAGAUGGACUUGGGCCAAGAAAUGGAUGUGCCCGAACUCGAUGACGACCUAGACGAGGCAGAUGCUGAGAUUGAUCUGGCCAUGAUUCGACAGCGCUUCUUCCCCGAACUUAGCCGGCUAGACGAGCUCGACGUGUGCCCGUCGCUCAAGAAUUUUGACCUCGGAAACCCGUCGGGCUCAACCGACAUUCCCUUCCUUAACGCUCCGGAUGACUGGCGCGACCAAGACAAGGAGAAGACAGCUGGUGCACACGGAGAUGACUCGGGGAUGUUGAUUGACGGGGAGGCGGCCCUUGGCUUUGACGAUGACGACCUCGGCCUCGGUAGCUUCGACAUGGGCGGCGAUGUGGCGUUUGGUGAAGGUGGUGACGCCUGGGCCCGCGAUGCGGCGCUGGAACCGCAAAUGCGCGUUUACAACGCCGGCUUCGGCCAAGAAGGCGAGGGAGAGGGUGACGGGUACGAGGAGAAUGGCGACUACGUCGUGUCAAUGAUGGACCCUCGCAAAGCAGACAAGAUGCACGAAGACAUGCUCAGCUUUUUUGACCAGGCGCUGCAAAAGAACUGGUCCAGUGCCGAGCACUGGCGUAUCCGAAAGAUCAAAGACAGCGAAAAGCCGACGACGGAGACCAAGAAGCGCAAGGAGAAGGAGCCGUUUGAGAUUGACUUUGCGGCGCCGCUCGAGUACAGCAUCCACGACCUGAUACACACACAGGCAUCGAGCAACUCGGCCAUUACGAUGCCCAAGAAGGACUGGAAAACCAAGUCGCGGAACCUACUACCCGACGAUAAGCACUUCAAUUCCAAGUCGCUGCUCAGUCUCUUUCUCAAGCCCAAGGCUCGCAUCGGCAAGAGACGGACGGGUGGCUUUGGCGAGCACAAGGGCUUCGGCAAUGCCAACACGGACGACGCACCCGUCGGCGACAUGGACGAGGCCUUCUGGGCCAAGCAGGGGGUUCCGCAGGAGAGCGACACGAUGGCGUUGGGAGGUGGCGACUACGACGCCAACUUCUUCCAGGACGAUGCCAUGCCCUUCCCCGGAGGUGAUGACGCGGACGACGACGACCUCGAGUUUGCCGACGCACGGGAGCACUUUUCACCAGAAGGUGGCAUGGUAGAUGACGGCAUGGGUCUCACGGCGAUUCUCAACGGCGAGGUGACCAAUGCCACAAAUGGGGCGUACGGAACGACACUCAUCACGGCAACGAGGAGAGUGCGUCCGGAAUACGUGCAGUACGCACGUGUAGCCAAGAAGGUGGAUGUGAGGCGGUUGAAGGAUGAACUGUGGAAGGGCAUGGAGAUGGACAUUAUGGAGGUAAGGGAUCUUACUCAGGAAAAGAGCAGGCGUUCGUCAGUGGCGCCACCAACAGAAACGAUACAAGACGUCGGCCACAACGAGCUCAAGUUCACCGAAAUCAUGAACAACCUCCAGACGGUGUACCCCAAGACAGUCAUGGACGAUAUCUCGACAUCAUUCUGCUUCAUCUCACUGCUCCACCUGGCUAAUGAGAAGGGUCUGCUGAUCGAAAAGACGCCGGACCUGCGGGAGCUGAGCAUCCGGCGAGAUUUGUCGGCCGAAAUCAUUGAGGGUGCA